UGUGCUACAUAAAUGAUACUUUGUCAUUGCAGGAUCAGAGUUUAAUAUGUGAUAUGAACUUGCAAAUUUCUAGGCACAAGAAAUGAGCAAGAAUGUUGAAUUUCCAGAAUUAAAAAGUAAAAGUGAGCUUCCCGGAAAUGGAAACCGAUCGAUAAUUCUGUACUUGUAUAACCAAGGUCGUAAUAAGCUUAGCAACUCAUCCUCAGUAGGCUUUAGCACGUUGUCAGCACAUUUUUUAGAAAAGUUAUUAAAUCUAUUAUAAAAUCAGUUGGGGUUUUCCCAAAUCAAAUUACAAGCUAACAAUAGAUUAAAAACAGGGUACAUCAAGCAUACAGAAAUAACUAGUUUAGUUUAAAUCGCGAAAAUGUCAACUUUUCUAUUACGAAACAUUAUAAAAGUGGCUCUAAUGGUUUUUCUCAUCAUCUCAAUUGCUGAUGGGAAUCCAGUCAGAGAAAAGGAUUACGUUCCCAGUAUGGCUCGCAAAGCUGGAGGUGGUUACCGAAAACGGCCGACGGAAACCCCACCGAUGAUGGUUGAUACAGACGGUAAAAUUGAAGAGAUUAAUCCAAAUAAGACCGAUGAUUUUUGGAUGGAAUACGACGAGGAUGUCGAGGAGGAUUGCCCAUCAUCCGAGUUUUGGCAUAUCCGUGCCAACCGAUGUGUUCCACUGAUCUGUGGAGGAGGACGAGACCCUGAAACUGGUCAAUGUAUGCAUUUGACACCGUCAAUCAAUAUGUUUGGGAACAACCGGCAUGGAUUCAGGUAUCCACACGUUGGGGCGACAAAUUGGAAUUUCCAUAAACACCCGGAUACGGGUGGCCACGGGAUUUAGAAAAGGAUGAAGAAAUGAUACCCUUGCUGAAAAUGCAACUUUCAUGUUUACAAUGCGUGCUUCCAAUGACAAUAUUUUUCAUAGGUCUAGCAUAUUGACUAUUUAGUUUGAUAGUCUGAUAUUUCAGUAAUGCACAUACAAAUAAGAUUAUAAAGCUUGAAGGGUAGAUUUAUUCAUAAAAUUAUAUCAAAGAAUAUUGCAAUUAAUUAUUUAUAGGUAAUAAAAAGGAAAACUAAAGUC